AAACUAAUAGAGUAAAAACAGUUUCGGCGUCUCAGCUAGAGGAACAGCUGUCCCCGUCCCAUCAUGCGAGGGAUCUGGAACCUAGUGAUUACCCUAGCGGUAAUUAGUAAAAUUGUUCUAGUGUCGGGAAAGGCAUUAAUAGAACAAAAUCAACAAGUAAGACAACAACAGUUGGAACCAAACCAGCAGGCUGCAGCACAAAAGCGCAUCGGUUACGACUACCCCGCAGAGUCUCAUGAUCUCGUCAACCCGUUUCAAGACCGCGAUGACUUGCAUUCUCGCGGAGACCACCACGAGGUAAUCCACCAUGAUGACCAUCACGAGCACCAUGAUCCUGGAUACUGGAAAAAGAAACUUAUUUGGAAGCCAGGCUGGAAGAAAACUUGGAAAAAAGCCAAGAAAGAAAUCUGGAAAACGUCAUUUAAGUUAAUAUGGAAGCCUAUUUGGGUGCCCAUCAAGACACGUGAGUGGAAAGACAUAUGGCUGCCUGAUGUUAAGAAGAUCUGGCGACCAGUAUGGAUCUCCGAAUGGUUCCCGUCUCCUGAUCAUCACGAGCAUCAUGAGUCACACGGAUGGGACAGAAGUGACACUAAGUCAGCAGAAAGUCAAAAGUUAGUAGCUGUUGCUCAGGCUCCAAGACAAUCAUCGCCGCAGCAACAGACGCCACAACAAUAUUCUCCCGCGCAGACCAAACAGAGCACGAUGCGAUUUCCCAAAUAAGUAAAUUCUGAUAUUAAACUGUACACUGGGUGUAAAUAUUUGAGUCAAAAGCUAACGGGUAGCUGGGUCAACCGCCAUUGUAUUUAACGAUUAGAACGCGAAUUUGCCAUGAAAUCUCGAGUCUGUAAUGUUCAGCUCAAAGGAUAAGCCCAACUUGAAUAAUAUGUAAAGAAGUGGGUAAUGUAUCAUGUAAAUAGUAUUCACAUAACGCUGAAUUGGCAUAAUUUUACUUCCCACAAAAUCAUUUAAUACCUAUAGCAAUUUACUUCAUAUAACGAACGUUUAAUAUAAACUUACAUUCAUACACCCAUGUCAAGCACUCGAACAAAUAAAUAUUUUUUAAAACGUAAUUUCGACUAUUUGGUGA